UGUGUUCGACGUAGGAUCAUCUGAGCCUGGUCAUUUCUACCUGGAGUGAGAUCUCUGGCUUGGUUUGUUUGAUGAUCCAUGGGUUUGUUUUCUUGGCUGUCCACGGUCUUCUCCGGAGUCUUCUCCAUCACCAAAAUUGAAAGGUGUCGAUAGUCUUCCUAUCUGAACUUCUUUGCUUUUCACCGUCAGUGUAACAGUUUCGUCAUUCCAGGAGUCAUGCAACUCUCUGCCAACCCAGCCUUCCCGGACCGACUACCUUCCCAUGGCCAGCACUACAGUCCCCAUCAUCCCCGGCCAGUCAAUCGCGAGGUUUCUACGGAUGCUCAGCACGUCGAGCCGCUCAAUCUUUGGCCAGCAGGUGGCACCAAAGAGCAAGGGCCUCUCUGGCCGCCGCUUGGACUCUAUGGUCGGGAGGGCGUUCCUUCCUGGACCCGGAAGCGGAGCGCGACCCACGUGGCGCCGAGGGAGGUUACACAUCAAGAAAUACAAGCAGCAGAAAUGGAGCCUCUCCACGCUUUUAACAUUGGCUUCCGAAAUGCAGCAAAGUUGCCCUUUGUCAUUUGUUUUAUCAGUCCUUUCAAAAGCAUCCGUUGCUUCUCGGCGUGGAAGAAACCGCCGUUGUUGGAAGAGCAGCCGCCCAGCGAAGUAAGCAAGAAAGAAAUUACAGCUUUGCAGGCUGGUCAUUCCCUUGAAAAGUCGAGACUUCAGGAAACUCACCUGUUGAACUCAAAACCACAUCUGGGUGAGACAGGUCACAAGGCUGGUGCUCCUCAGAAUAAGUCCAGGCCAAACUUUCUGACCAAAGCUGUGCCAUCCACCACGAAGGAAGAAUUCAGGAACCUGAGAAAUGACGAUUUUGUCUCCAAACGGAAAAGGCUGCAGCGAAAUCUGGUUCUCCCAGAAAGGACCAAGGGCUCGGAGGUCUUAUUUGGGACAGCCCCCUGCUCCUUAGCCCUCGGGAGGUCGAAGCGGACAUUUUUCCAGCUCUUCCUCAAAUCGAGCCGAGACGGGGCAUCCCCCGUGGCAGAAAAAUUCUCCCAGUAUGCCGAGGACCAUGGGAUCCCAGUGAAGAGGGUGCACAGGAAGGUGCUGGAUGCCCUUUGUAAGGGGGGCGUCCAUCAGGGGGUUUGCCUGGAAGCCUCACCCCUUCACCCCUUGGCAUGGCAGGAAGGGCCACUCCGACGCAUCCCGGUUGGCAAGGGAUCGCAGUGUAUCUGGCUGGUUUUGGAGAGGAUACAUGAUCCCAUGAAUCUGGGGGCAGUCCUGCGGACAGCACACUUCCUAGGAGUCGAUGGGAUUGUGACAUGUGAAAGGAACAGCUGCUCCCUGACGCCAGUUGUUAGCAAAGCCAGCUCGGGUGUCAUGGAAGUUUUCGAUGUAUUUAGCACUGAUGAUGUUCAAGACCUUCUUAAAACAAAAUCCGAAGAAGGCUGGGAAGUUCUUGGGACGGUUGGUCAUGGAAAGAUCCAGGAAGAAAUUCCUGUUGUCAGUUGCUCAGACUUUCGCUGGACUGGACCCACCAUCCUGUUACUCGGAAACGAGGGUUAUGGACUUUCUCCAGAGACAAAAAUGUUGUGCCACAAGAUGUUGACCAUUGCUCCAGGAAGAGAUUUGGAAUUUGGCGUAGAGUCUUUAAAUGUGUCAGUGGCGGCUGCCCAGAAAUUCAGUGUGAAAACUGAUGGACAACAGCGGGAAGAAGUUUGGGCCUACCUCUCCUGCUCUGAGAAGGAAUCAACGCUCUGGUGGUUCUUAACCGGUACCCUCCAGGAACUGAGGGCAUUUUAAAACUGCAUUACAAAGACUCAAUGCAAUGGUUCUCCCUGCUUUUCUGGUGGGAAGAUAGGAAGGACUGCAGUGUGUCCACUGGAUGGCGGUGUUGAUAAGUGCAUUCUUUAAUUUUCUCCUGGGAGAAAAAGAUGGAAUAGGUUGUUGCAAGGCCUUAUAGCAUCUAUUCUUGUUGGCACAAAGAGACGAGAAUAAAACCCAUUUCUUUCUCUGCAGCAUCUCGAUCUGACUUUAUAUAUUCCCUAUGCACCCCAUUACAAGCCAAUCCUAUUGAAAAAAAAUAAGAAGAAAAGACUACAUUUUGAAGGUAAAAGUUUCAUCUCACACUGGUCCUUAGCAAUGAUUUCCAGUUCAAACAGCCAGUUUCCCCCACUGCUGUCAAGACAGAGGCUGGUCGGUUUCCUCCUGGCAUUGGACAUCGUGAUGAAAGUAUUUUCAGUGCCUGUUUGGCCACGCACCAAGUUUAAGUGGCUUGGAGGAAUUUUCCAUUUCAAUUCUUCCUCCUUGGUUUUUCCUCUUUUCUCCGUUAUCCCUCUGCAGGAACGCACAGGGAGUCUCUGCCCCACGAUGCAUACAGUUUAAAUUCAGCCUAGGGAGGGAGAUAUAUUUGAGAUCGUUGAGUAUUUGGGAGCACAGUGACAUAAAUGCUGGUGAAAAUUUACAGACUCCAAAUUAGUUGGACCUUGAGUUGGGUUCUGUCCCCCAAAAGGAAAUGUCUGUCUAUCUUUAUGGAAUAGACUGGAUUUAGAAGGUUGUCCUCAUUACCUUAUUUCUUUCUAAGGGGUCAAACAGCAGCUUUCCUUGAAGAACCAUCCAGUUUUCAUCCUGAGACCCUCCAUGGAGCCUGAAUCAUCAUCAGGCCCAGCCAGCAUGACUGCCAGCUGGGACUGUGGAAUUACACUCCAAACCAUUGUUUGCUUUAACAUCUGCAGUAGGGGCGUCUGCAGGGGUGGUCGGAAAAGUCAAGAUGGUGGCUAUAAUGGGGCGACUGAAGCUCUGCCCCUUUUUAGAGGCAUUGCAUGCCAUCAUGACUUUUGCGUGCCCCACCCACUGACGCCCCUGAUGUGCAAGAUCCAGAAAAAGAUCCAGUGGCCACAGAUAGGAAGAUGAGCGAUCCAUUGAAGGCAAGAGUUAGCUAUGCAGGUCCUUAACCCAGGAGUCAGCUAGCUUCCUGGGUUUCUAUCUUCCUGUUUAAUAAAUGCACUCCAUUAAGUGGAUCAUUGCCUCUCUUCCAAGUAAUUUCCUGAGUAUUUUUAAAUGUGAAAAUGUCAUUUUUAUCGUCUUUUCCUUUUAGAUUUGCCCUUAAGCCUAAAUAUUAUUGUCCUUGUGAUAUAACUGUAAAAAAAAUAUAAAAAUCACUUAGCUCCACGUCAUAAAAAAUACUGUCUUUUUAAAAAGCGUAUCUGUGAGAUCAGAAAUAUGUUCUCUGAUUGCAUAUGUUCUGUAUGCAGCUGUUGGUCUUAAUUCCCAGCGAAGAUGCAGUGAUUUGUUGGUUGAAAUUUGCAAGUCUCUUAAUUUUCCCCAAUCCCAGUUGUUGCUUCAUAGAUUGGUUGCAAGGAUUUUUACUGAGAAACAACAGCAAAACGUCCUGCUCUAUUUACUUUGGGGGAGGGGGGCAGUUGGUUUUCUAAUUUCUUCUCUGAAAAAAUCUGGCUCAGUAAUCAAAGCAUCUCUCAGAGCCAAAUCAAAUAAAUCUUGACUUCUUUCAUUAGCCUCUCUUGAUGUGGCUUGUGUUCUGAUAUGGCAGGCAUGGCUAAGAAGUCUUUUGAUGUCCUGCUUUUAAGAGUUUGAAUGAGGAGUGUGGAUUUUUCUGGGUCAAUUCUGCCCUCCCCCUUCUCAAAACAGCUUGCUGCCUUCCACUGAGCUUAUCAAAGCGACAUCCGAAAAUGAAGAUGAUGAAACGUAAUAAAUGUAACGGAUAAAACUUAUCCCAGGCAGAGGCGUCAAUGGGACUCUUGCCAAAAACAAUGAAAACAGCGUCAUUCCAUCAACCCCGCCCCUUUUGUGUGACAUCACAAUGCAUGUAAAAGAGGGGGCGGGGCUUGCAUUGCAACAGGAUAACCUUGCUUUGCUUCUCACGCCUCUGAUCCCAUUUUUCAUAAAAUCUUGAUAGUAAAAAUCCAAAGGAAUUUCCGAUGGCUUCUUGGCAAAAUGUUCAGCUUGUUACCUGGCUGGGGGAGAGCAGAUGGAAGGACAGGGCAUAUUGCUGGUGAUAGGUACGGUGACCGUAUGUCCUUUCUUUCAGAAAGCUGUCCUUUAGAUUUAUUCAUUUUUCAAAAACUCACUUUUGUCCUUCAUUUGGGUCAUUUAACUUUUACUGUGCCAACGGUGCCACUUAAUGCAGAGUCUGAUUGCAGAAACCCUUUUUAAUACUUGCUGCUUAUAACUUUUUAGAUCUUUGCAUUAGAAUAGGUGUUUUGGUGAAGUUUUUCUUGGUUUAACUCUUGAUUUUUCCUUUGUAAAGCAAAGAUAUAAACAUCAACAGUAUUAACAUUGUUUGUCCUUAUGAACUUCUUUCAGAUUUGCCCCUUUUUCAGGUUUCUCCUUUAUUUUUUCUAAGAAAGUAAUGGUCACCAUAGUGAUAGAUAAGUUGUGUUAGGAAGGGAAUUCCAACCGGAGUGGGCCAUAACCAAAUGUCCCGGCCCACAAUUGAUUGCCACCUUUGAUCAGGCACUAGCGGAAAAACAGUGGGGUAUCUGGCAGGUGUGCCAAACGCUGCAAAAAGAUGGGCGUGGCCUGGAUUGUGACACCACACCCACCAUCUUGCAAACUGACCUCCCCUGCAGGUUGCCCAUGAUAGAAGAUCUUGAGCCAUGAAGCCACUGUAUGUUAUAUGCAGAAUGCAGCUUUCCUAAAAUCGGUGCCCCCCAAAUGUGUCAGAUGCCCAACCAGCUGGUAACGGUGAGACUUGCAGUCCCCUCCCCCCCAAAACCUGGUGCAAAAAUAUUUUUAGUGGCUAAUUCCCUCCAGCACAAAUUGUAAAUGGGAACUGUCUGUAUUUACAAAUAUGAAUUUGCCCCCCUCCCCUUUGAACCAGUUGGGGCUUUAUCAGAAGAUUUCCUGCAUUGACAGCUGUAACUAUCCCACAUGGGUGAUUGACUGUGAGGUGUUCGAUUUGUCUUGGCUGCUCUUUUAUGCCGUGUUAUUUAUUUAUGUUCUUAAUCAUGGGUUGUGUUUUUGUCCUGCUUUUAUUUUGUUUUAAUUGUUAGCCAUCCUGAGCCUCGUAUAUGAGAUGGGUGGCCCUGUGAAUUUAUGAA